AUGUCAUCGAAACCACAGGAAAACGCCAAGCCAGAAGCACAGGUCCCUCAGCUCAGCGGACUCGAGGAGGACGACGAGUUUGAAGAGUUUGCCGCCCAAGACUGGAACGAAGCUGAGGAAGAGAAAGACGCACAUCAAUGGGACGAUAACUGGGAUGACGACGACGUCGAGGAUGACUUCUCGCAGCAGCUCAGGGCAGAGCUUCAAAAGUCAAGCGCGAUGAAGGCAUGA